AUGGACCUCUCAGAGGCUUCGCCUUCGCCACCUUCCUCGCCUGCAUCUACCCCAGCCGCUAUUCCGUCAGCCGCAGAUAUAGCUGAGCCCGCUGUCGACCCUGUUUCGGUACAAGGGGACAGAAGAGGGCCUAUCAACUUCCCCAACGCGCACGGUAUUCAAUUCCAUUCGUGGGCUCAAGUCAAUUCUUACGAGCGGUUGACGGAGCGGAGGAUAGUCCCCACUAUAUAUGUUGAUGAGUUUCUGUUGAAAACUCUUGGGUUGCACGAUGAUGUGAUGCAGAUGCUAGACGUUAUGGGGUGGAGGAAGGUGAUGACAGGAAACUGGCCGGUGUUCGUCGACCUAACACUCGAGUUCCUCAGCACCUUCCGAAAGAAGACUGAGGAUGUGUUGGAGUUUCAGCUGGGAACCGAGUGUUCGAGUGGAGCUACUCUGAGCUUGCAAAUGCAUUAG